AUUCUAUGAUUGGUCAAUUCGUAAAAAUCUUUGUUUCGAUUGGUCAAUCAAACACUUCGAAGCAUUUGUAGCGUCAAGUGGACCGCAGCCCUUGUUUCCUUACACCAUGUCCUAACCUAUUCAACGAGCUUUUAAAAACAUAGAGUUUAUAUGAACAUUUAGGAUAAUUAUUUCCAUACAAAUUUAACUGAAUGAAUGUAUGUAUAAUGUACACAAUAUUAUAGCAAGCGAGUAUUAUAAUUACAGUUGACGUUUAGAGCAAUCGAAAACGAUGAGUGAAUUUAGAUUGCAUCAUUUAAUAGUGCAGUUGAUUGAGUUAUUAGGUUCGGAGUCUGCUCCUGAAAGACAUUUAGAAAAACUGCAAAAAGAGAGUUCGACAGCGAAUGCGCUAAAUGCUGUUGCUCCUCAUAGUUGUAUCCAGCAUCUUGCUAAAAUUUCGUCUCAACCUGAAUUAUUUAUACAGAAAUAUGAGGAGCUAAAAUCAAAAAAAGUCGAUUUGUUAGGCCCAUUUGUGCAAACUUUAGAAUUGAUAUCUCAAGAUGAUGAACUAAAGAGAUAUCUGUCAAGAUCUGUAACAACAGCAACGGCUAAUUCUCUAAGGGAUUCGACUAUUACACAGGAGGAUUUACCAAAGAUUUGCAAAACUGUAAUUAAAGCUGCUGUGGAAGGAGGAAAGAAAUUAAAUCAGCAAGUUUGUUUAAUUAGUAAGAAAAAUGAUGGUAUCUUAAUGAAGCAUAAUUGGGUGGGAGAGCGUCCACGUAUAACUUGGGAUUUUCACAGUGACACUGCAGUAACACUUUAUCAAAAGGUUGUACCGAUUGUAUCUCAGGAAUCCAUACUUCUUUGGGAUAUUUUGUAUUGUUUGAAAGGAAUAGAUGGAUCAUAUAUUGUUUCGGAGCCAUUGACGAGUCCUCAUGGUGUUAAAACUUUCAAUAUAUCACCAGAUGUUGGUGUAUCAUUUAAACAAUUAGCACAACAGAUAUUACCUUUAGCCUCUUAUUACUCCACAACAGUGAGGUUUGUUGAAGAAAAAGUGUCGCCAGAUGAUGGGCAAGUCAAUCAUGCUCUAAGAGGAGCUAUACAAUCUCUAUUAAAGGAUUACUUGCUCUUUGUAGUGCAACUUGAAACGGAACACAUUCAUGGUAAACUAAGUUUGCAAAAACUAUGGUUUUAUAUACAGCCUACUAUGCUUACAAUGUCUGUACUUUCUCAAAUUACCUCCACAAUAUGUAAGGCAAAUGCUAGAGGGGGUAAAGUAUUAAGCCUUUUGCAUGAACAAACAUUGAACAACGUUAGUAGUGAAGCAAAGUCUAAAGAACUGUGUUUAUAUCUGAUACAAGCGGCAAGCAUGCCGUAUAUGCAGAUUUUAGAAAAAUGGGUUUAUAAAGGAAUGAUAUGUGAUCCAUAUCAAGAGUUCUUUGUAGAGGAUAAUGAAUUGAUUCAACGGGAAGAACUUCCAGUGGAUUAUUCUGCCGAUUAUUGGGAAAAGAGAUAUACUAUGCGAUUAGAAAGGAUACCAAUAUUCUUGAAUGAACAUGCACAAACUAUACUUAGGACUGGAAAAUAUUUCAACGUAAUUAGGCAGUGUGGUAAAACAGUGCAGUGGGGAAAACAAGAACCAUUAAGCUAUCAGUAUCAAGGGCAAAAGUAUAUAGCUGCUAUUGAUAGGGCAUAUUCAGAAGCUGCCAGAAAAUUAUUAGAGGUACUUAUGAAGGAAAAUGAUUUGAUGGGUAGACUACGUAGUGUAAAGAGUUACUUUCUUCUUGCCCAAGGAGAUUUUGUGGUUCAAUUUAUGAAUUUAUGUGAGGCCGAAUUGAACAAGAGUAUGUACGAUAUUGUUCUGCAUCGUUUAUCAUCUCUUCUCGAAGUUGCCUUGCGAAUGUCCACUGCAGAUUCGGAUCCCUAUAAAGAUGAUCUCAAGCCAGAAUUACUUCCAUACGAUCUACAAUAUCAAAUGUUUAGAAUACUCUCCAUUCAGACUAGAGACGAAAAAGAAUACUGUUUCCAAGCAGGUAAAAUUUUAACUGGUUUGGAAGCUUUUGUUUUUAAUUACGAUGUUAAAUGGCCAGUUUCUCUAAUCAUUAAUAGAAAGGCCAUAGCUUGUUAUCAAAUGCUGUUCAGACAUCUGUUUUAUUGCAAAUAUGUUGAGAGGCUCUUAUGCAGAGUAUGGAUCAGUAAUAAAAUAGCGAAGACCUUUACACAUGAAGUGGCAAUAGCUUACAGACAGGCAUUUUCAUUACGCCAAAGAAUGCUCGAUUGUAUACAGCAUUUAGAAUAUUAUAUGAUGGUAGAAGUCGUGGAACCAAAUUGGUUAAAAUUUAUAAAUAAGAUGAACAAGGUUAGUAAUGUCGAUGAUGUGUUGAGCGUGCAUCAAGAUCUGCAAGACAGUUACCUAAAGGAAUGUAUGUUGACGGAUCCUGAUCUUCUUGGCUGUAUCACCGGUAUAUGCGCAAUAUGUGUAGAGUUCUGCAAUUUUAUGCAGAUCGAGAACAGUUCCACAACGAAAGAUGGAACCGAAAGUUUUGAGGAAAUAAUUGUAUCAUUAGACGAGAGAUUUACUAAAGUAUUGACACGACUUCUAGACCGAAUUUGUGACUUGGGUUGUGAUAAUAAUAAUGAGAAAUUACUUAAUGUGUUAUGUCGGCUUGACUUCAAUAUGUUCUACACCGAUAUAUUGAUACGUCGAGGAAGAGAAAAGACCCUUACACAGCAAGAUAUAUCUGGCUAGUAAUACACACAUAAUUUUUAAUUGUGCACGGGGAUACAUAUACGUUAUAUACAACAUGUAUGUGCGCAUGAAAAAUGGAGAUGAUACAAGUUUCAAUAAAAUUUAUUAAUAUAAUCUAUUUAUCCAUAUAAAUUAUAUACAAAGAAUUUCAUUAUAAAUAGAUAUAAUCUAUAUAAAUAAAAA